AUGGCGCACUAUUUCAGCAAUUUUCGAAUCCCGCCGUUCGGGCGACUACGGCGCAACACGGACACGUUGGUAGCGCACAUGAUACCGACGCAACCUCCCGAGGAGGAAGAACCUUUCAAACCUUUCAUACCACCCGGAUGCGAAGACGAAGACGAAGAGCUCAUGGAGCGCGAACAUGAAUUCGACAACGACGGCCCAGUGAUCCCGAACAAGCUGCUCGAGCUCAAAGUGUACCGAUACCGGUCGUCCAAGGACGCGUGGAAGCAUGCACCAACGGUGGGCAUGCGCAUAGAUCCGGAGAGGGAGGCGGAGCUCGACGAGCGCAAGCCGCCGAUGUCACAAGUGCGGAUCAUCACCUGGAACGUCGACUUCGCGGCGGCGCACCACGAGGAGCGGCUCACGGCAGCUUUGCGGCACAUCCAACGCGACGUCCUCAACGGUAAAGACAGCGACGAGGAGGGCAGCGCCCCCGAGCCAUGCUGCAUCCUGCUUCAGGAGGUGCUAGCGAGCGCGGUCCCACACCUCCUCCGCGACGCGUGGGUGCGCCGCUGGUUCGUCGUGACACCGCACACGCCCGCCAAGUGGCCCGAGGACGCGCGGUACGGCUCCAUCACGCUCGUGUCGCGCUCGCUCAGCAUCGCCGAGAGCCACAUACUGCAUUUUGGGCUCUCCCAUAUGGGCCGUGCGGCGCUGUGCGUCAAGAUCCGGCUGAGCGUGCCCGGCAGCCAGGAGAAGGUCGUCGUCGCGAUUGUCAAUACGCAUUUGGAGAGUUUGCCUCAAGGAGAGAUCGCACGCCCGAAGCAGCUUGAGAUGUCUGCGCGAUUUUUGAGGCUCGCGGGCGUGCAUGGUGGUGUUAUCGCUGGGGAUAUGAACGCGAUUGGGCCAAAGGACGCGAUGAUUGGGAAACAGCUUGGGUUGAGAGAUGCAUGGAGGAAGGGCGACAUCGACGCAGGGAAGACUUGGGGGUACCAAGGGAAUGACGGACACCCGCCAGGCAGACUGGAUAAAAUAUUCUACUUGCCUGGCAUGGCGUACAAAGUGGAUGAACCUAAACGCAUCGGCGUGGGCGAGAAGAUCAGGGACGGAACAGACCAAGCUAUGUGGAUUAGCGACCAUUACGGGUUGGAGACGACUCUCCGCCUCUCGAAGCCUCGUUCAAACUCGGCGUAA